GGUAAAACAUGGACGACGCAGGCGGCGCAAAUGGCAACGCAUUUGAGAACGUACAGGUACCAGAACAGUGGGAUGAAGAGCAUGCAAGGCUAAGAGAAGCAAACAGAACUCCAGAAUUUCUUUUCGACGUACUCUGGUUUGUUCAGAGGAAUGGCUGGUACAUUCUGAUUGGAUGUAUCAUACUCUAUUUUCUAUGGGAUUAUGUGUUGAGGGAUCUGUGGGAUAAAUUCAGAGAGACGGCAGAGGAACGGAGUGCAAGACUAAACUAUGAUCCAGAGGAAGAGGAAUCACGACAGCAAGCCAAGAUGUUGGUACUGGAGAAAUUACAACAAUCGUUGGAUGAAAAGGCAGAGGAAUGGUUGGUCAAGAAAAAGGAGUUGGAAGCCAAGAAGAGAGAUGAGAUGAUCAGUGAUUGGGAGAGACAUCAACAAGGACGAGGCUACCGAUCAAAACUGAAACCACGAAAGCCUGAAGAAGACGCGGGUAAACCAAAGCCAAGACCGAAUUCCAACUCACGGCUUUUCAGACGUGAAUAUAAUCCGUUGACUGGUUCAAGUGAUCGUCCGUCAUAUAGACCAUCACGUGGCUCAGGUUCUCAGGGAGGUGGAUGAGGUUAGUGAGCGUGUCAGGACAUCCAUCGAUGUCUUGUCACACUUAUAGACUCCCUCUUGUCAGAUCGAUGUCAUGUGUUGUUCGUGAUCUAUGACAUGUUCUUGUGAAAAGCACUUAGAUAGCAAGAACAUUGAGUACGCGAUUUGAUAAGAUUGGAUAUAACGAGUGGCCAGAAUUUCUGUAGAUAGACGGAGGAGGUUGAACAUUUUUUGAUUAGAAUAGAAAUAUCAUCGCACAGCUUUUCUGUGUGAAAGAGACCGACUGUGUACCCUGA